AUGCGGGUUCGACCAUUGCAAAUCGUCAUAGCCAGCUGCAUGGCGCUGGGAGCGUUUGGAAAGCGCAAAGGUAUGACGAGCGUCGGUUCGAAGAUUCAGGACAUCGGUCCAACCACGACAACCGAUUCGGUGGAGCGUCAAGAUCACAUCUCUAAUUUUCUGGCGGAUCAUCCCAAUGGCGCUUCAAAAUUGCAGCGAACGGCCGUCCUCGAUCACAACGUGGUGACACCUGCCGCAAACAUGACUGUUGCCGAAGAGAAACAGGGCAGCACCACGCUUUCGCCCCCCAAAAACAAGGUCAAGGGAGCUUAUCUCGUGAGUACACCUCGAACGAACCCGGACCCACGCAACGACGCUCACACUAUUCGCUUCCUUCCAUGGCGCUAGGUGGAGCUAGAUCCUGCAGGCCACUCCGAUCUGGUCAGGCGAGGUGGAGAAGACAUUCAUGAUGCGUUUCAUGAGUACCUGUCCAAACGUGCAGGGCCUGACGGCACUGGUGUCAAGUACGACAAGCGAGUGGACAUCAAGGCAGAGGGUGUCUUCUUUGGCGCGUCGGUGCAGCUCGCUGCAGACAUUGACCACGUUUCCCUGAGUCAGAUUCCGGGCGUCAUCAGCGUUAGCGCUGUUGGAGAGGUCCACCCGGCUGCCUUCUCCAGUGCAAAAGCAAGCGCAGAAGCAAUUAAAGCUCUAACAGCGGGUCCGCUACCUGAACAUGUCAUGAUCGGCGUGGAUAAACUUCAAAAGGAGGGAAUUACCGGCAAAGAUGUCACCAUUGGCAUCAUUGACACUGGUGUCGGUGAGUGAUCGGCCAAGCAAGGACCGCAUCUUGCCACUCAGCUUACGUCUGCUAUGAUCCCAGACUACACGCUGUCUGCACUCAACGGAGGCAAGAAAGCUGGCGAAGCGUGCAUCGGACCGGAGUGUCCGAUCAUCAGCGGUAUCGAUAUCGUAGGUGCGUGGUGGCUGCUGUCAUGUUCACGAUGCUCCAAUCUGAGCCAAGCCGCCACCUUUACAGGCGAUGAGUACGAAGAUCGCUUCGGAGGCAAGCCUGUUCCGGACAAAGAUGUCAUGCCAAAGUGCCCCACGAAGAAGACGCUUUCGAUCGCCGCUCAUGGGACUCACGUGUGAGUAUAGCUUCAAACUUGCUGGUCUGCACUUGCUUGUCGCUGAGGGCAGCGUUUGGACUUUGCGACCGCCAGAACCUCGACCAUCAUUGGCAAUGACCCUGACAGAGGCUUCAGAGGUGUGGCGACGGGCGCCAAAGUGAGAAUGUACAAGGUAAUGGCUUGCCAAAAUGGCAUUGGCUCCGACGCCUUGCUCUUGGCAUUGGCCGCUGCCAUGAAGGACGGCGUCGACUUGAUCUCUAUGUCAAUCGGCGGGGUGGGUGGAUGGGCAGACGCGCCCGGACUCGCUCCGUGGAAUGCUGCUGGAAAGAAAAUACCCAUCGUGGUGUCCUUGGGCAACGCUGGUGGAGUGAGUGCGAUUCGUAGACGAGUUAGUGAGGAUGGCACGAUGAUAAACUCUGACAGAUGUGCUCGUUGCGUAGGAAACGGGAAGCUUCUCGACGACCGACACGGGCAGCGCCGACGAUCUUCUUGCAGUGGGAUCAGUCGACAGUACACAUUACAUCGGCGUCAAAGCCCAGGCAAUUGGACUUGAAAAGGCGAAGGACAUUGUUGUCUAUAGCACUUACGCCUUCGUCGAAGAAGCUGGCAAGCCCUUGGACCUGCCGCUCGUAGUCCUGGACACCAAGUACAACGCCGGAUCCGCCUGCAGACAAUUCCCAGAGUCCACCAAUUUCCAAGGCAAAGUCGUCAUGGUGUGGCGUGGUCAAUGUCGCUUCACAGUCAAGUUGAAGAAUUUGUUGGAGAACGGAGCCAAAUACGUCUUGAUCGCUAACCGCCCGCCUCCCGGAUCACUCUUUUACGUUGAACCAAUCGAGUGGGACAAUGGACAAAUGAAUGUCGGCACAAUCUCUUACGAAGACGGUCUCGCCCUCGCUGAUGGUGCUGCGAAGGGUUCGAAAGUGAGCGUCAGAUUUCUGGACAACAACUUCACGAUUCUCGAGAACCAAGAUUCGGGUGGCACUGUCAGCGGUUUCAGCAGCGUCGGUCCUACCCUGGACACAUUCUUCAAGCCGAAUGUUGUGGCGCCUGGUGGCAACAUCAUCGGUGUUGAACCCGCAGCGGUCGGCGGAUACAGCAUUAUCAGCGGUACCUCCUUUUCAGCUCCGAUCGUCGCUGGCUGCGUGGCCCUGUUCAAGGAAGCGCGCAAAGACAGGAAAUGGACGCCGGCAGAAAUUCGAGACCGUAUCCAGUCGACCACGACCCAAGUUUUGGAGGACCCACAUGGCUUUUACGGCACCGCGACAAACCCUAAGAUGCUCAGCAGCGCGGGUCGACAGGGUGCCGGUCUGAUCGACAUCUGGCGCGCUGUCCAUGCGACAACGUCGGUAAGUCAAUCUCUAUGACGCUCGUCGCCGCGAGGCCCUGCCGGGCGCUUUCACUGAGCGGGUCUGACAACGAGCUUCCCCUUGGCAGGUUACGCCUACCCUUAUCAGCCUCAAUUACACCAAUCACUUGGCACCAACGCACACGAUCACCAUCACGAAUGACGGCAAAAUGCCUCAGGAGUACACCAUGCAGCAUCAACCUCACGGUGCAUUGGUUGCAGCAAUUUUCUACGAGGACGAUGGUUUCCUGAACUGGACCCAGUUUCCUUUCAACCACGCGGAUGACGCCGCCAAGGUGACCUUCGAGCCGGCAACCUUCAAAGUGGAACCAGGCGCAAAGCAGCAAGUCAAGAUCAAUUUUACCAAACCAGCCGAUGACUUUAAGACCAAGCCUUUUCAAGUCUAUUCAGGGGUCAUCUUGGCCAAGUCCAAAGAGGACCUCGGGACAGUCUCGGUCAGCUAUGGGGGCAUCAUGGAGGAUCUCAGCAAACGCGUUGUCAUGGACACCACCGUCAACUACUGGGGUCCGGACGAGGGCACAGCGGUAGCACUUGUUGGCAAUGCGCAAUUGCCAUUCACCCCGUCCGAAAACGUUACUUUCAAUCUCAAUCAGACCGACUUACAACCCAGCUGGUACUUUAGAAGCCUGUCGCCCACCUCCUGGGUCCAAGUUGCCUUGGUCGAGCCAAACAUCACAUUUCCCGCAACUUAUACUUGGAAGGCGCCUGAAUCUGCACCUGGGCCUCCCGGAGAUCAACCAGGACAACACGCCAGACGUGACCUUUCUGCCAUGGCACAGCGCUUCGAGAAGCGCUUCAAGGUACCGUCCAUGCGCAGCGAGCUGGAUCGCAGAGGCGCAUCGACGACUGAUCCUGUCCAAUCUGGAGGUAAGGGCAAGACAACAAAGGCAUCGACAGAAGCCACGGAAUCUGGGCCAAACCCUCCUCCCCCACGCGCCGAGACUCCCAAGCUGUUCAAAGACGUCAAGGUCAUCGCUAUCGUACAACAAUACAACAACGAAGGCCGCCACGACAACUAUCACAACCCUUACGACCACGAGGCUAUAUCCGACAUUGCUGUUGACCAGGCAGGCAAGCGGUACGUCAUCAAGCCAGGGACGUACAAGAUUCUCAUUCGUGCCCUCAAGCCUCUCGCAGAUCCAACGCUGUCGGAGAGCUACGACAGCUAUCUAUCGCAAGAAUUUGUGUAUGCUCAAGACGGGCAAGGUCAACAAGGCCGCGAUCUUGGUCAUAAUCGUGAUGGCGAUGGCGAUGAAGGGGACCCGCCUUGA